AUGUACAGCAGAAAAUCAUGGGGCGGUUCCGUUGAUCCAUUCAUCCUCGUCAAGUUUCUGAAUAAUACCCUCCCCGAAGGAGACGACCCUACCGUCAGUCUCGUCAUAUUCGAGUGGAAAGACAGAAGCUUUGUCGGUGUCCCGGGGGAAAGCGGCGAAAAUGAUCUUCUCCCAUGCAACCAAGACUUUAUCAACAGCGGCGCUUGCAACACGACCGAUCUGGGCGAAUUCAUAUUAGCAGAAAACGCCACCGAAAAAUCGAAUGCCUUCAUCCUCUCCAAGGCCAUCCACCUCAAAUCUAGCGGCCCGGUUCGAUACAACAUCAAGGAGACGGGCUACUACUGCAUCUUCACCCAGGGCUUCAACAUCGACGACUAUUCCGCCGUUGCUGAGUUCCGCAAUGCCUUUGGCGAGAUAUCGGCAACACAGAUUCCCAAGCUUCCCUUCUACGGCGGCAUGAGCAUCCUCUACGCGCUCAUGGCAGUGUACUGGGGCUUCCUCUACUAUCAGCAUCGCCACGACAUUCACUUCCAAAACACGCACGGCUCCAAUGCUGGCGCCAAGGCCUUCCUCAUUAUAGUCGCUAUUCUCAACGCUGCUAGAAAUUCGUUUUCUUUCUUCCUUUUGCUCAUCGUCUGCAUGGGAUACGGCGUAGUGAAGCCCACGCUGGGCCGCGCCAUGAUCUACGUCCGCUAUCUCGCCGCCGCUCACUUUGUGUUCGGUCUCAUCUAUGCCAUUACCAGCCUGCUUUCCUCUCCCGAGAGUGUCGGCCCGUUUGUGCUACUCAUCGUGCUCCCCUUGGCAGGCACCCUGACUGCUUUUUACGUAUGGACGCUUAACUCGCUCAACUUUACGCUCAAGGAUCUACGCGAACGCAAACAGCACGCCAAGGAAACCAUGUAUAAGAAACUCUGGUGGUGCAUCCUCCUUACCAUCGUCGUCACCUUUGGCUUUUUCUUCCUCAACAGCUUCAGCUUCGCCUCCAUCCACGAGGCCGACUUUGUGCCGUCCCACUGGAAAACGCGCUGGUUCGUCCUCGACGGCUGGCUCAACAUUGUCUACCUUGCCGACGUGGCCUGGGUCGCCUAUGUCUGGCGCCCGACGGCCAACAACCGCCGCUUCGCCAUGAGCGAUGAGAUUGCCCAGGACGACGACGGCCACUUUGAGAUUGGCGAGAUUGGGAUGCCCGGCGACUCCGAUGAUGAGGACGAGGAGGCGAACCUCGGGAGAACAAAAUCUGGUGCCGCCGGCACCAGUAGUGGCGCCGCGCAAGCCGGCCAGACAAGCGGCGUCAUCUCCGCAGCCGCGGCUGGUGCCUCGGUGCAGAAGCCGACGCGCAGCGUGCCGCGCGACUCGAUCGAGGGCGAGACCAUCUUUGCUGUGGGCGAGGAUGGUGACAGGUUCUCUGAUGACGACAGCGACGAGGACGUCAAGCUUGUAAAAUCAAAAUAA